AUGAAACAAAAAAUUAACUUAGACCUGCAUUCAGGAAAUAUAUUAUUUGAUAAAUAUAAUGGUUGGAACAUUAGUGAUUUUGGAUUUUGUGGCCCCGCGAAUAAACCAUUAGGGUGUAUUUAUGGAAAUCUUCCUUAUGUAGCACCUGAAGUUAUACCUUGGUAUGCUUAUGUGGAGAUCUCAUCUGGAAGACCGCCUUUUGCUCAUUUUGAUCAUGAUUAUGAUCUUGCAAUGAAUAUAAUAAAAGGAAUGAGACCACCAAUUGUACCAGGGACUCCAACAGAAUAUAAAAAUAUAAUGGUACAAUGUUGGGAUGCUGAUCCUUUAAAAAGACCCGAAAUUUUUACCCUAACUAAUAAAAUUUUUGAAAUAAAAAAAUCGUAUUAUCAAAAUGAAAAUAAAGAACAAAACACUAAUUUUAAUA